AUGGAUUUCAUCCCUGAUUCAGAGAUCAGUGCUCUGGCGACACACAAAUUUCAAUCCGCCGGCUACACCUGGCUGGAUGAAAGGAUGGAUCCUUUUUGGUCUAGCGUCGCAAAACGAAUUCCGAGGUAUAUUUCGCCGAACCUUAUUUCGGUUCUCGGUGGAGUUUGCUGCGCGCUGGCUGCGGUGUUUACAGUCCUAGCGAACCACAUCCGGUGGAUUCCGCUGUAUUUCGCGGGGCCCUUUCUGAUAUUCGUAUACAUGACCUGCGACGCCGUGGACGGGAAGCAUGCGCGGCGGACCAAGCAAAGCACCCCUCUUGGGGCCGUGGUCGACCACGGCAUCGACGCAUUCUGUGCCUUUACGACGGGGAUCGCUGUGGUUGUCACAGCCGAUCCGGAGCUGAAGGAUCCCAGGCUAAUGCUGGCCUUUUGCCUGUUUCAUGGCUCCUGGUUCUGCGCUCAGUGGGGCGAGCUAGUCCUGGGUUCCUUGGAUCAGCGCGGUAUCACUGAGGGCGAAUUUGCCUCCAUGGCCGUUAUUGCGCUGCCUGGGAUAUUUGGCCCAGAUGCUGCCAAGUCUCGUAUACCCGCUUGGGUCCCUUAUUUUCGAGACCAGCCGAUCCUCGAUCCUGUAAUGAUUGGAGUCAUCGUUGUUUGUGGUGGCGUUUGCUUGUCCUUUGCUUUGCGUAUCUUCCUGAAAGUACAGGGCCUGGACCGGCUCAGGGCCACAUUUCCUCUCGUCCACCUGGCUGUGCACACCAGUGCUGCCAUGCAGCUGGCCACUUCUCCGCUACGGCCACAGUUUCCUUUGCUCACCUUCACGGUGGUGGGCAUGAAUGCCGCGCUUCUAAUGACGAAGAUGCGCUUCAUGGCCACGUUUCGUGUUCCCUGGCCAGCGCUACACUGGGAAGUGCUACCCUUCCUGGCCGGGAGCGGAGUCGAGGCUUUGGGCUUCACGAUCGGAGCUGGUGGAUGGCUCCUCGUCGCCCUUCUUGAGCUGGCCUUGCUCCUGGUGAUGUGGGAUCGGCUCCUGCGUCGUAUCUGCAGCCGUCUCAAUGUGCCCUUCCUCGCUGAGGUCCUUGCCGAAGGUCGGGAGGUGCAAGAAGAAACCUUCGCCCUCGGCGCCCUGGCGAUUUCAAGCCCCAGCUUGCGAGUCUACCCUUUCCAUGCCGGCGAGCUCGACCAACUGCCGCCCUUAGGGCGAGGCUUGGUAUUGGAUUUUUCUUGUUUUGCCCCCCACGCAAUCCGAAAUCUGACACCGAAUGCUACAAUAACCUUAACUACGACUUCAGACGCUUCGGAGGUCCCAAGGAUCCUCUUGCAGGCGACAGGUACCCUGGAGGGGUGGGAUUCUUUGAGAAGAACCAGGAUAGGGACAAAGUGCACAUAUGCACAAGUCUAG